AUGACGACAACGAAGCCAGAAUGCAGUGUUUGUUGCGAAGAUUAUUCGACCGUUCAACAAAUUUCGUCUGUCUGCGGUCAUAAUGACCUUUGUCCUACCUGUAUCAAACGACACAUUGAAGCGGAAUUAAAUACUAAAGGAAGUGAAAUUCAAGUACGUUGCCCAAAAUCUCGCUGUACAAUAGAAUUAGCUUAUGAUGAUGUGAAAAGAUUGGCUCCAAAAGAGUUAUUCGACAGGUACGAUACUCUUCUUUUGCGAGCUGCAAUCCGUAAGCUUCAAGAUUUUCGUUGGUGCAAAGCUCCGAAAUGCGGUUCCGGUCAAGAACAUACAACCGGAGAUAGAUUGCCAAUAAUUACCUGCGAAGCCUGUGGCGAAAAAUCAUGUUUUACUCAUGAUGUUCCUUGGCACUCAGGACUAACCUGUGAUGAAUUUUCUGAGCAAUUACAAACCAAAGAUUAUACUGCUAAUCGUGCCUAUUAUGAACGUCAUACUAAACCAUGCCCAAGAUGUAAAAUGUCUAUUGAAAAGAAUCAUGGAUGCGACCAUAUGACUUGUCGUUGUGGUUAUGAAUUUUGUUGGCUGUGCCUUGGUGACUACGACAAUAUUCGUGAAAAAGGUUCAAUAGACCUAGAAAGAGAAAGGUCAAAUGCGAGCUUUAACGUUGAACAUAUGAAUUGGUUAUUUUGUGGUUCGAAAGAAGCCGCAAAAGCUUUAUCUGAUGCCUACCAAAUGAUACAACGCGACCCAGAUCUUUAUAUUCCCGGUGGGCAUAGUUUUGAUAUGACUCAACCUCAGCAACGUGAACUUGUCCAACGACAAAUCUUGAGAUUUCAAAGAGUUCGUAAAACCUUAAAAGAUCCAUUAUUAUAUAAUGCCUUAGAACUCGCAAUGUGUAUUUAUUCUGAGGCGUUUUCGAUGAAAACAUAUGUUCACAACACUUUAUUUCGUCAAUCGAUUGAAUUUUUCGGAACAAAAGAACAGCAAG